AACCAGAUCAAGAGGUUGUUAUUUCUGGAGGAAAUUGGUCGUGUUAGAGUUCUCACUUUAAAUCGUUCUAACCGGUUAAAUGUCAUCUCUACAAAAGAGCCAUUGGUUCUAGGUCAAAAACUCGAGAAAUUUGAGAAAGAUGACAAUGCACAACUUGUUAUCAUCAAGGGAGCUGGCCGAGCGUUUUCUGCUGGUGGGGACUUGAGAAUGUUCUAUGAUGGCAGAAAGACAAGGGAUUCUUGCGUUGAAGUUGUUUAUAGAAUGUAUUGGCUUUGCUACCACAUUCAUACAUAUAAGAAACCACAGGUACAAGUUGUGUUGCUCUUGUUGGGGGGAGGUGAAUCUUUAAUGGUGCCAAUGAAUUUCUCUGUUGUCACUGAAAAAUCUUAUUUUUCGACUCCUGAAACAAGAUUAGGAUUCCAUCCUGACUGUGGCUUCUCAUAUAUGCUUUCACGGCUUCCUGGUAGACUUGGAGAAUACUUGGGCUUAACAGGGGCAAAGCUGAAGGGUAAAGAAGUGGUUGCUGCUGGACUUGCCACUCAUUUUGUUCCUUCUGAUAAAUUGGUUUACUUGGAGAAGAGCUUGUUGAGCUUAAGAACUGGAGAAGAGAAGGCUAUCAGAUCAGCCAUUCAAAAAUUCUCAACAGAAGUUGAGAUAGAUGAAAGAAGUAUCUUGAACAAGCUUUCCAUAAUCAAUGAGUGCUUUUCCAAGGAUUCCAUGGAGGAGAUUGUGAAAUCACUUGAAUUUGAAGCAAGCAAAGUAGGAAAUGAUUGGAUUAUACCAGUGCUUGGAAGCCUAAAAAGAUCAUCCCCAACAGGAUUGAAAAUAACACUGAGAUCGGUAAUUCUUCAGCUUUACCAAAAUAAACUUGCUUUGAUAUACAUGUAGAAGACCAAAGGAUUUAAUUAUAUGCAUUGACGGUAUAAAUUUUUUGUACUAUAUUAGUGUAGUUAACCCGUAAUAGUAGGGUAAUUGUCAUUUUCACGAGGUUGCCAAUCACACCUAUCCUAAAAAUUUGUAUAUAUGUAAAUAUCU